GCCAAAUUGUGAGCCACAACCGUGGCACCGGCUUAAUAAACACAAGGAGCUGCUUAGGCAGUGGCUCAGUGUCUCUGUGGGCCAAACUGUGUCCCGCCACAGGCAACAUGUCAGCAGAAACACCAAUAACCCUGCAGAUGGACAUGCAGGAUCUGCAGAUCCAAACGUUCACUGUGGAGAAGCUGCUGGAGCCUCUGAUAAUCCAGGUUACUACCCUUGUGAAUUGUCCGCAGAAUCCGUCCAACAGGAAGAAAGGACGUUCAAAGAGAGCCAGAGUUCUCCUAGCUUCUGUGGAGGAAGCAACUUGGAAUUUGUUAGACAAGGGGGAGAUGAUCGCUAAGGAAGCCACGGUUUUAAAGGAAGAUCUCGAAGCUGCACUCCAGGAAGUCCGAAAAGAGAGCAAAGCUCUGAAGGGAUCAGCUGAGAGAUUUACGGACGACCCCUGUUACCUCCCCAAAAGGGAGGCUGUGGUUCAAGCCGCCCGCGCCCUGUUGGCAGCAGUCACAAGACUCCUUAUCCUUGCAGACAUGACUGAUGUCAUGUGCCUCUUGCAGCAUGUGUCAUCUUUCCAAAGAACAUUCAAGUCUCUUAAAAAUGUUUCCAACAAAUCUGACCUCCAGAAAACCUACCAGAAGCUUGGGAAGGAGCUGGAAAGGCUGGAUCGCUUCGCCUUCAAACGGCAGCAGGACUUGAAAUCUCCAAGCCAGAGGGAUGAAAUCGCAGGGGCCCGGGCCACCUUGAAGGAGAACUCCCCGCUCCUGCAUUCGAUUUGUUCUGCCUGUUUGGAACAUUCCGAUGUUGCUUCUCUCAAAGCCAGUAAGGACACCGUCUGCGAAGAGAUCCAGAAUGCUCUUGAUGUAAUUUCAAAUGCUUCCCAAGGCAUCCAGAAUGUGCCAGCAUCUCUUGAACCGCAGGCAGCAACACUGGGAAGUGCUCUUGAUGAGCUGGAGAAUUUAAUUGUCCUGAACCCACUCACAGUGACAGAGGAAGACUUAAGACCACCACUAGAGAAACGCCUAGAAGCCAUCAUCAGUGGGGCUGCACUGUUGGCUGACUCUUCCUGUACCAGGGACCUCCACCGGGAACGGAUCAUCGCUGAGUGCAAUGCCAUCCGCCAGGCUCUCCAGGACCUGCUGUCGGAGUACAUGAGUAAUAUUGGAAAGACGGAAAGGAGUAAUACCCUGAAUACUGCCAUAGUCAACAUGAGCAAGAAGACAAGAGACCUCCGCAGACAGCUCCGCAAAGCUAUUAUAGAUCACAUAUCAGAUUCUUUCUUGGACACAACAGUUCCACUCCUGGUCCUCAUUGAAGCUGCUAAGAAUGGCCAAGUGAAGGAAAUCAAAGAUUAUGCCUCCAUAUUUCAUGAGCACACGGGCAGGCUCAUGGAGGUGGCGAACCUUGCUUGUUCCAUGUCAACCAAUGAAGAUGGGAUUAAAAUCGUCCGAAUAGCAGCCAAUCACCUGGAGACCCUGUGUCCACAGAUCAUAAAUGCUGCACUUGCUUUGGCAUCAAGACCCAAGAGCCAAGUGGUCAAAAACACCAUGGAAAUGUACAAACGCACCUGGGAGCAUUACAUCCAUGUCCUCACUGAAGCUGUGGAUGACAUCACCAGCAUCGAUGACUUCCUGGCUGUAUCUGAAAGCCACAUCCUGGAAGAUGUCAACAGAUGCAUUAUAGCCUUGAGGGAUCAGGAUGCUGACAAUUUAGACCGAGCUGCAGGUGCCAUCAGAGGACGGGCUGCAAGAGUAGCUCACAUCGUCGCGGGUGAAAUGGACAGUUAUGAACCUGGUGCUUACACCGAAGGCGUGAUGAGAAAUGUCAACCUCCUUACAAGCAUUGUGAUCCCAGAGUUCGUGACACAAGUGAAUGUUGCCUUGGAUGCCUUAAGCAAGAAUGCACUAACUGCGCUCGAUGACAAUCAGUUUGUGGACAUCUCAAAGAAGAUCUAUGACACAAUCCAUGAUAUCAGGUGUUCAGUCAUGAUCAUUCGGACUCCAGAGGAACUAGAGGAUGUUUCUGACCUUGAAGAUGACCAUGAGGUCCGUAGCCACACCAGCACUCAGACAGAAGGGAAAACUGAUCGGGCCAAGAUGACUCAACUGCCUGAGGCAGAAAAGGAAAAGAUUGCAGAGCAAGUAGCUGACUUCAAGAAGGUGAAGAGCAAGCUGGACGCUGAGAUUGAGAUAUGGGACGACACAAGCAAUGAUAUCAUCGUGCUUGCCAAGAAGAUGUGCAUGAUCAUGAUGGAGAUGACUGACUUCACCAGGGGCAAAGGACCACUAAAGCAUACCACUGAUGUAAUCUAUGCAGCCAAAAUGAUAUCCGAGUCCGGAUCAAGGAUGGAUGUUCUUGCUCGGCAGAUUGCUAACCAGUGUCCAGAUCCACCCUGCAAACAAGACUUGCUGGCUUACCUGGAACAGAUUAAAUUCUACUCCCACCAGCUGAAAAUCUGCAGUCAAGUUAAAGCAGAGAUCCAAAACCUGGGGGGAGAGCUCAUCGUGUCAGCUUUGGACAGCGUCACCUCCCUGAUCCAAGCAGCCAAGAAUUUAAUGAAUGCUGUAGUGCAAACAGUGAAAAUGUCAUACAUCGCCUCCACCAAGAUCAUCCGCAUCCAGAGUUCUGCAGGGCCCCGGCACCCAGUUGUCAUGUGGAGAAUGAAGGCUCCGGCUAAAAAGCCCUUGAUUAAAAGAGAGAAGCCAGAAGAAACAUGGGCAGUUGUCAGAAGAGGCUCCGCCAAGAAAAAAAUCCACCCAGUUCAAGUCAUGAGUGAAUUCAGAGGGAGACAAGUCUACUGAAUACCGUCAUCCACUCUAGUGCCCAUUUCUACACCCCAGGCUAACCACACCGCUUUAUUUCAUGGUUCAUUGGUUCUUUAAUUUCACCAAGUUUAAGAGUUAAACUCCCAAAUAACAUAAAACAUUGGGGUUAAACCAGUGUGUAAGAUGUGUGUUUGGGAUCCUGCCAUUGUUGACUCUAUAUAGCCAGUACAACCUAGUUACCUGACUGGGAGUACCUAGGGAAUAAAACUCGUGGGCGUCCUUUACUAUUACCUCUCACAGGGAAGAGCUUACGUUCAUUACAAAAUGAACGCAAGAUAAAGUGACUUCUGAUUACCCAGAAAUGUCUGCACCCAGGAGGAAGACCCUGUUAUAACCUUUGCCCUCACAUUUCACUAGACACAAAAGAGUUUAUCAACUAUUUUCCCAAGUAGUAUCCAUACUUUCUUUAGCCCACCCAACCUGGUACCUAACCUGCCAUAAAUGUGUCAGUCUUGCUAUGGGAAAUUUUCGGUUUCUAGAUAUCACUACCCAUCAUGAAAAGGUUAGGUGCCUGUAACCAAAUGAGUGUGGCCAAGUUUCUUACUAGAAUUUAAAAGUCAGACACGUUUUCAAUAAGUGUUUUGAUGACCCUCUAUAGGCUGCCAUCUUGGACUAUGAUGCAUGUAUCUUUUAUUUUUAUGGCAUUCAGAAGUUCCUCACUCUUAGUAUCAGAUCCAUCAGAGCACACAUGUAGCACUAUCACCCACUGGAGAAAGAGAAAUGGAUUUUUGCUUAUUGAUUCGGGUGGGAGGGUGGUACUGUGUUCAAACAACAACAUUGCACCACAGUCUAGUCAAGCACAUUCUAAUCCUGAGCUACACACUCAGUCCUCCUGUUAGACAAAUGAGACAUUGAAUUAUAGCAAAGAGUUAAGUCUACAAUCCUGGACAAACAAGGAAUGCUUCAGGAUUCUAAAUAUUCUCUUUGUAUCCAAUUGAAACUGUAAUUAGACACCAGUGUGCAAAGUAUUUUAGCACUGAGUAGAAUCCACCACCUAGCAACUCAAGCUGAGUUCUAUGUCAGUGACUUUGGCAUCUUAAUAACCACCUUUAAAUGAAUAACAUUGGGUUAUUCCGCAUGUCUAUGAGUUUAUGAUGGAAUCCUUAAUAGUCUGACAGUGUGGUUCAUAAUGGCUGUAACCCCUUCUUUUUCUUUACUUCCUCUUUCCCCCUCUCUUUCUUCACAGGAUACUCUAUAUAAGAUGUAUUGGAAGACAAAGUUUCAGUUGACAAUGUUACAAAGGAUCAUUUUUCCAUUGAGUUCACUUUACUGCAUCAGAAUUCUGGUGCAAUUGAAGCUCUUCACUGCACAACCCUGCUCUUAAAGAGUUUUUGACACCUGAUUGAUCUAAUAAGAUUUCCAUAUAGAACACAAGUUGAUGUAAGGAGGGUUACUUGUGCAUGAGACAAGUAGAAGAGUAAAUGUUUGGGGAUGCAUUGCAUAUGCCCUUGAACAAAACAAAAUCAGAAAAGCAGAAAAAAAAAGUCGGGCAAAGCUAUGAGGUCAAUGUUCACCCUCCUUUAAUAAAUUAAAUUAUUUCAUUCUUCCAAAGUGCUGGUUGGUUGCUUGGGAUCUGAAGGUAAACUUCUUAGGAACCGGGGGAAGUCCAUUCGUUUCUCCCCUCAUCUUGCCCAUAAUAUUUAUUCUGGACAAAGUGUCCUUUCCUGAUGAGAAGCAGUAAAGGAGAUUAGGUCCUCGAGGCAGUGCUGGCUUUCAGUGCUUCCUGUACUAUUGAGACAAAUAGAGAACCACUAUCACUGGAAUGCUACGACGGUGUUCUGUACUCAAUGAAGAAUGAUUUUAGCAAGAAUUCUUUUGGGUAAAAUGCAGAUUAUAGUUUGGGGAGCAAUGAACUAUCUGAAAAAUACACGAGCAAAACCUACUGCAUCACUAGCUUUACAUUCUAGGCCCUCGCCUUCUAUAGACGAGGACUGUAAACCUUCUUUGCAAAAUGCACUGUUCCUGUGGCCCCCACACCACUCUCCUUAUAUUAAAUUUAGCUUGAAUUAUUGGAAAAAAUAGCAGAAAUCAUUUUAAAUAAUACAAACACCAGAUAACUUUACCCAGAAAUGAAAUAUAAUCAAUGCCUUGCUUUGGUACAGAAUCCUAGGUGAGCUCAAAAUAGACAGCUAUAAUUAAACAAAACAAUAAAUUUUCGAAGUGGUGAAUACUGAGGGUGUAGGUUUUGUGGCAAUCAAAGGUGUGAUAAAAAUAAGAGGCAUAAAACCCAGAAGGACAUCUGUCUACCUGCGAUGCACCUGCUGCAGUGGCUGCAUAUAGUUGGAUUCAAACACUAGGAGAUGCAAACAUCAUCAGAACAAAGAAUGAAUGGAAGGGGGCGGGCAAAUGCAAACAGUACAGAGCCCAACUACAUAAUUCGGACCAAUGAGUCUUUUUUCAUAUACAUAUUUUUAUAUAGCAUGGAGGUUUAUUACUUUUGAAUUUACAGUAUUUUUCAUUCCUAUUAGAUUUUUCCCCUGAUUUUAAUCCAGCCAUAUUACCUGUGAUAUAUUUUACUACAAUUUUUCUUCACUAAUUUGCUUAUUCACUAUGCAGCUUGAUUAUAUCCCCCUCCCUCCUCUCGUCCACCCUUCUACUCCCUCCCCCACUGCUCCUUCCUUUCUUUGAGAUUCGAGACCCUCUUAUGGGUGCCUACACACCCUGAUGUAUCAAGUCACAUCAGGACUAAGUCCAUCCUCUCCCACUGAGGCCAGACAAUGUAGCCUAGCUAUGGGAAAGAGAUCGAAAGUCCCACAGCAGAAUCAGAGAUAGCCCCAGGUCCAAUUGUUAGGGUAUUCACAUGAUGAAUGAGCUGCACAUCUGCUACAUAUGCAUAAGGGGCCGAGGUUCAGUCCAUGCUCAGUCGAUGGCUCAGUCUGUGAGCCACUAUGGGCCAGGGUUACUUGACUCUGUUGGUUUUCUCAUGUCCCUGACCUCUCUGACUCCUUCAUAUCAUCCCUCACUCUUCCACAAGACUCCCCGAGAGCUCUGCAUAUUGUUUGGCUGUGGGUCUCUUUAUCUGUUUCUAUCUACUACUAAGGAAGCCUCUCAGGAGACAGUUAUGCUAGGGUCCUGUCUGCAAGUAUAGCAGAAUAACAUUAUUAGUGUCAGGGGUUAGGUCUCAAUUUGGGCCAGUCAUUGGUUAGCCUUUCCCUCAGUCUCCAUCCUUAUCCCUCCUUUUCUUGCAGACGGAACAUAUUUAGGGUCAAAGACUUUAUGGGUACUUUGGUGUCCCCCUGUGUCUUUCCUAUAGGGGAAUGAUGGGAAAUUUUUAGUGGGAGUAAUAACUUGACGACAGUAUAUACAUUUUGAAACCAUAUAACAUGCUAGCGAGAAAUCAUCUGUCCCUUUCCUUGAAUUAAUUUCAUUCCAUUUACACAGAAAACUGCACUUGAAAAGAAGUUUGUACUACUGCAAGGGUAAAUCCAUCUCUGCCUGUAUCAUCACCAAGUGUGAUGUCAGAUUCAAAGUAGUAGAGAUUCAGAAUAACUCAAACUAAUUCAUGAUGCCAAACAAAUACAAAGACUAGAAACUAUAAAUUCCUUUUAUUAACUAAAUUAAAUUAUUAGGUUCUAAUAUUUCUUUUUAUUAAGGUUUCUGGACUGUUUUUUAAUGAGUUAGGAAAAUAGGAAGGCAUCGAAUUUCAAGCUAUAUAGGCAGUCAGUCUUUUCUGUUUCUCUUCUGAUUUGAGCACAGCCUCUGAAUGUGCUAGAGGAUAUGUCAUCCUCCUAAUAUGUACACAUGUCAUCUGAGAUUACAAAAUGUCUCAAUAUAACUAUAACACACAUGCUUCUCAUGAAGUCUCUUCCUCCCACAGGGUAAGAAACCUGGGCAGAACACAGAGGCCUAUUCUUGUAACCCAGCACUUCUGACUAAUUUCAAAGACCAAUUUUCAACACUUUAUAAUGGAGGAACUAAAAAUGUGAAUAUGUAAUUAAGUUCCCACUGGGGCCUUCAAGGCUCUUAACAAUAACACUCCCCAGAUUCAGUAGCAGGUUGCUGAAAAAACUAAGUUAUGACAAGGGAAAUGCUGGUACCGAGUUCCUAAGCCUUCACUUUUGGGGACUGGAGAGAUGGCUCAGGCAGUACUUGCUUACUCUGCCAACAUGGAACCCCAACUACCGAUUACCUCCAGCCUCAUAAAUAGCCAGAUAAUGGGGUUGGUGCCCUAUAUUUCCAGUGGGGCUCUUUGGCCAGUCAGUUAAGUCAGAUGCAAGCACAUCAAUGGGAGAGUGAACCUGCAUCAAAAGGAAGUGGAAAGUGAUUGAAGAUGAUGACCAAUGUUGACUUCUGAACUCCACAUCCAUUCACACAUAUUAAUGUACAACAGCGUGCGCGCACACACACACACACACACACACACACACACACACACCUACACACACACACACACCCCACUUCUGGGUGGUCUUGUCUUAUCUUUACCCUGCAUUCAGUACCCUGCUAACUGCCUACAAUGUUCUCUUAGAUGACAAAACCAACCUGUCACAUCUCAGCAAACUCUACAGUUAACCCCUUUGUUGAAAUUCCAAGCUCUAGCAAUGUCUUCAACCUCUCUUCCUUGUAGGUUACUCUAUAUGGAAAUAGACCAACAUAUCCUUUAGGACUUUAAUGUUAGAGUUUAAUUUCCACCAGAAUUAUUUCUUUGUACCUUCCCAAACAUUCUUAUCCUCUUUGGUGUCUCAUUUUGAUGCUAGAGAUUAUAGUUCCCAUGGAUACAGACUUCUGUACUGUGAGAGAAAUGAGAUCUGAGAAUUUUCCUGGUGAAAUAGACCAUCCUUUUUCAGUAUUGUAAGAAACAAUUCUCUGGGUGGACAAAAUGGGUUCUGGCACCUGAAUUUGAAUGACACCCCAUGUUUUAAUCAGUCUGUCCUUGGUUAACACAGCCUACAUAGGAUACUGUCAGUGAUCAAAUAGCCAUUUUUGUUGUAAAGUCAGAAAUUGUUCAGUGAUUAGGAUGUUCAAAGGAACCCAGUUAAAAAGAUUGUAGCUCACAUAUGAUUUCAAUAUUUUUAAAUAAAAUUAGGAAGCUGGCCACAUCAUCGGUUGUAUUUAUGCGUAUUACACACACCAGGAGACAACAUUUAUGCAGAGAAAAGCUCCAUUUUGUCUUUUAUGGCUCUUUUCACGUAGUUAUUGUUAGGUCGCAGACUCUGGGACAAAUGGCUGAGUUGCCUAUUCAAGAUAUCAAAGCAGACCUGGCUGCCAGAUUCUCCCAGCAUCCCUCAGUCCCUACCUGUUAUUGGGCAUGGCUGACUUACUCCUUGUCCUCUACACCAAACUCUCCAGUCUGUCCCCCAGCUGUUCUUCCCUAUAUAAUCCAAUGUUUUGGUUACCUUAUUUUCUUUUGUACCUCCUGGCUGCUGUCCCUGGAUCCUUUCUCCUCUCCCCCCCCCUUCUCUGCUCUCUCCUCACAUGGUUUAGGGUCAUGUCCACUCUGGAUUGUCCCAAAUAUCUAGGCCUCUGACCAUGCUUUUCUUUUAUCUGCAAUAUAUCUUUUUCUCUACCAUAUCCAGAGCCAGUCAUGUCCUUUGUUUUCUUUUCUUUUUCUAUAGAUUUUUAAAAUUUAUUCAGUUAUAGAAUACUUAGGAUUAUGAUUAGGUGUUACCACAAAAGAACAAGAGGCAGAGUGACACACUAUGUAUAUGCAAAGCAGUCUGAGAUUUCAUUGGAUCCUUUGAUUCAAACUAGGGAAGAGACCAUGGAUACUACAAAGUGGCAGUAUAUUUAACAGAAUAUGUCCUAAAGUCAAGCUUAUAGACAUACCCAGAUGUUCAAAAGAUAGAGAACUAGUAUGAAAAGUUUAAGUACCUCUACCCCUUUUAAACAAUCUACAAAAAAAGAGCCUCCUUUUUUCUUAAAGGAAACAUGAAAUAGUUUAAAACAUGAAUCAUUGUAUAGAUGAACACAUCCCAAUUAAGUACAAAUAAUCUAUCCUUGAAAAUCCAAAAGAAGAUAACACUAAUAGAGAAGCUGCCCCCAAAGCUACCCAGCUAAAUGAGGCUCACACUGCAGGCUGUAGGUGGUCUGUGGGUCUGCUAAUCUGAGGAGAUGGACUGCUCAUGCUGUAUUAUGGUACCCCUAAUGAGAAAUUGUUCCCACCAGGAGCAAAACAUCAGGAGGAAAAAGAAGUAUGGACAAACUAUUUCUAAGAAAACAUGAAUAAGGAAAUGUCAGAGAGACAGGAAGGAAUGUGAAUGUUAUUUGUAGAAAUAUAUAACUUAUAGAUUGUGUGUGAUGGAGAUGGGGAAAGAUUUGGAUUCUAUGAAGAUUAAGUGCACUCAUUCUGAGGAAGGUUUAAAGAUUUUUAAGGAUAGGAUUGGGCAUUUGUCUUGGUGCCUUGUUAGUUCGGUAAGGUCAUGUCAGGCAAAAAGAAUGAUCUAGAAAGAUCUUGAUGAUGAUUUAGUAAUGUUUCAUGCAGUGUUUCAAAAAACAUAGUUUCAGCCAUUCCCCAUGCUGAUUCUGGAGGCAUGAGUCUAUUCCCAGUGCAAAGCCCAACAGCAUCACCAUGCAGGCAUCUAACAACUGUCCCCUAAUGAAGUAGUUGUGAUACUCCAAACACCGUUCUAGGUUCUCAGUUCUAUAUUCUUGGGUCUUACAUGAUAACUAUUGCUUGGGUCAUUCUCUCUCUCUCUCUCUCUCUCUCUCUCUCUCUCUCUCUCUCUUUCUCUGCUUUAUAAUUAAUGUAUUGACUUAUUCACUUUAUAUCCUGAUAGUAGCACCCCUUUCUCCCAUUCUUCCCCUUAGACAGCCCUUUUAGUACCCAUCAUCCUUCUCUGAAAAGUGGGAGAAUCCCCUUGGUUACCAACCUAUCCUGGAAAAUGAAGACACUGCUGGACUAGGCACGUCUUUUCCCACUGAGGUUAGAUUGGGUCAUACUCUUAGUAGUCAUGUAGGAAAUGCAUCAUUAACUUCAUAUCAUGGGCAAGAGAAAUGAAGGAUUAUAAAAUAAUCUGAUCUGAGAUUUUUGUUUGUUUGUUUUAUUACAUCUUAAUUUCUAAACUGUCGGCCAUCACACCAGCCACACUGGAAAAUUAUUCUAAAUUGUUCACUUGCUAAUAACAAGAUACACUUUUCAAAUCAUGGCUGUUUACUGUGAAUGAAGGGGGAGGGGAAGAAAAGCUCUAAAAUUGUUAAUGCAUAGCGUACAUCAUGCAAGGAAGAUAAGAAUCAUAAACAUGUGAAGCUAUGUAGAGUGACCUAUAGGAGCUGAAUAUAGAACCUGUUAACAUAUAGAGAGAUAAUAUAUCAUUUGUUUAAUACUUGCACACAGUUAUUAUGAUUGUAGAAAGAAACCUUCUACAGAACCAAAUGGCUGUAUCGGCCCCUGUUCAAUGUUACUGGAAAACAGUUUGGAGCAGUAUUUCUUUAUCCUUUUGCUGCUGAGAAACAUAAUUAAACAUGAUUUUCAUGAGGGUUAGUCAAAUGUUAACCAAGCAGGGUGGUUUUCCUGAUCUAUACCAAACACACUGCCUUCUUUGUGUUCCUUUCAUGUGUUCCUAUCUUUGGUAUGUGUAGUGCACGUGCCCAAUUACAGGUAAACUGAAUCCUUUGACUUCCAAAGAUGCUCUCUGGAAUCAGUUGAAGACCCCUCUCUUGCCUGUGUUUUAGGACAAGUUUCCACAUCUUGGGACCUGAGGAAUUAAGUGAGUUUCUGAUCCUUCUCAUGAUGAAGCCUCACAAGUUUCCUCAGACUACCAAUAUGGUUUUGGGAGUUUUUAAUCUUGUUUCUUUGAUUUCUGUGAUAAUCCCUCUUCUCAACUGCAGGUGCAGGGAUUCCCACAAGGAAAGAACUGUCCUUUAAGCAAGCACACAUCUCUAAAAAUCACAUCUAAUUACCUCCUAGAACAAGCAAACACCACUUAAAGGAUGUUAGCAGAAUGGUUCUCAAGCUUCCAUAUCAAUUUGUACUUUUUCUAAUCCUGAUGGUUUCUACCCUGGGCAUGUUUCAGAGGGAUGCUUUUGUUUAGUCCUGGGUAUUUGCUCGUAAAGUUCUGUUGCCUCUCUUUAAAUACUUUAAAUCCUCAUUUCAAUAGUUAUACCCCUAGCACAGAAACUUAUGGAAAGUUUGUUUCCUACUGGGACAGCUACGGAUUUCACAGUACAAGGCAAACCCUUGGUGUCUAACAUCAACACGGUAUCUUUGCAACUGACCUGACUCUCUCUGUACUAUCCCCUCAGAGGACAGCUUAUUUGAGCAAGUUUCCUUGACCUUGAGCUGCCUAGAUCUGACACAGCAUCGAAGACCUACAACUAAGAUGUUAGUGCAUUUUCCCAGUUAAACAGAAUUUUCCUCCUCCCCUAGACUGUAUAUAUACGAAGGUAACUUUAAAGUAGACUGUCGAGAAAGUAUUCCAUUGCUAGAAAAAUCUUCUGUCAUGAGUGAUUUCUAUUCUCCCAUGUUGGUAAACAUGUACUCAGGAGGAAUAACUGAGGACAUUUCAGCCUCUGUCUUAUGGGGGUGAGAUGUGCUGUUGGUGUUGUUAAAGCUGCUUUUUAUAUGAUGUCGUUUUUCCAGAGAACAUUUUCUAAACAGAAGCAUCAUCCAUCUUCUUGAACUUCAACUAACAAGCCCACCCAAAAGAAUUUGAUGGAUGCUUUCCCCUACUUGGAGCCUAAGAGUGGAGAGAAUGAAAACAAAAUUUUCUUUGAAAAAAAUUGAGGGAUUAAAGGCUAACUAAAAAUUUGAAUGAAAAGUAUUCAGGAUCUCUUUAGCUUUUGUGCUAAUUAUGAUUUUAUUUUUUUGUAUAUUUGGCCACAAAAUACGUACUUGCUUUAUGGACUUUCACAAGCAAUGUCUUGAUAGCUUAAGCUAAGCAACCUAUGUGCAAAAACUAUGCACAUUGUGACUUAGGACAAGGCAGUCUCAGGCUAACCUAGGUGAAAGAAAACCAGUCUGCAAUAGUCAAGCUCCCUGUGCUCGCCAGGUGCCAUGUAGAGUGUUUUAAACCCUCUUGCUUGCAUCUCCCUCUUGUUGUGCAGAGACAGAAUAGAGGUGAACUGCUUAUGACAGUAGCAGACAAUUCCAGGCAACUUUGUGCUUUGGCUACAGAUAAAGUCUGGCAAAAAGUGCUGUGGACCUCUGUGAUCUAUCAAUAACGUGUGUGAAUGUCAUUCUCCCCAAACAAUAAAUUACUACUCUGGAUUUAGAAACUGAUCUAUAAUAACUAGGACAUUGACACAGAAGCCCACAUACUCCAUGUUUGAAGUUCUGUGUGCUACAUGUGCAUGUGCGUGUGCGUGUGUGUGUGUGUGUGUGUGUGUGUGUGUGUGUGUUUAAUUCAAUUAAUUGAUUUAUUGUUAUCCUUGUGCUCUGGGUUGCACUAUUAAUACAUGUAAGUCUGGGUUUGGUUUGAAAUUAUAUGAUGUGACUUACAUAUUUACUUUAUUUCUAAUUUUAACACCCGUUAUUUUGUAGUUCAUUAAAAAAUUGCUUAACUGAUAUUUGAAACAUGCACAUUAAAGAAAUAAACCUGA